UUGUCUCUCCGCUAUAAAUUCCCUUGGCAGUGUAGACAUCCGGUGUGCUUCCAAGCCUCAACUACUCUCUACCUCUACAUUUCUGAGUAAUAAUGGUUAAUGAAAAGGAACAAAAAUUGCAAAAUGACCCAACUAUGGUUCGUAUUGAACCCCAGAGAAGAAAGAACAAUCUUCCCAACUUCUUGCUAUCCGUCAGACUCAAGUAUGUUAAGCUUGGUUAUCACUACUUAAUCUCCAACGCUCUAUUUCUCCUGCUUAUAUUACUUCUUUGCAUUAUAUUGAGUCAUCUAUCGACAGUAACCUCUGAGGAAAUCUUUCAGCUCUGGACCAUACUUGAGUUCCAUACAGCGACUAUUCUUGUAUCCUCGGUUUCCAUCAUUUUAAUAUUUACCAUUUACUUGUUGAAUCGCCCGAGAAAAGUUUACUUGGUGAACUUUGCAUGUUACAAGCCUGAACUAGCUCGGAUGUGCAGUAGAGAAGUUUUCAUGCAAGUAUCUGCACAGACGGGGAAAUUCACAGAGGCAAGUUUAGCCUUUAAAAAGAAAAUCCUAGAGAGAUCGGGGUUUGGACAGAUGACUUAUGGACCAAAAGCCUUGAUGGAGAUCCCUCAAAACCAGUCUAUGGCGGAGGCGAGAAAGGAGACAGAAGCAGUGAUAGUUGGAGCAAUCGACGAGCUCUUGGCAAAAACUGGAAUAAAUCCUAGAGAGAUAAGUAUUCUUGUGGUGAAUAGCAGUUUGUUUAAUCCAACACCUUCUUUAUCAGCCAUGGUAGUGAAUCGCUACAAGCUGAGAGGGAAUAUUUUGAGCUAUAAUCUAGGUGGCAUGGGCUGCAGUGCAGGACUUAUUUCUAUUGACCUCGCCAAACAACUUUUACAGGUGCACCCCAACUCCUAUGCUCUAGUUGUGAGCACAGAGAACAUUACCAAGAAUUGGUAUACUGGCAAUGACCGAUCCAUGCUUGUCACAAACUGUUUAUUUCGAGUGGGCGGGGCUGCCGUCCUCCUAUCCAACCGAUCAUCUGAUCGCAGUCGCUCCAAGUAUCAACUACUUCACACCCUUCGCACCCACAAAGGCGCUGAUGAUAGAUGUUAUAAUUGUGUCUUCCAGCAAGAGGAUGAGACUCAAACAGUCGGAGUGACACUCUCAAAAGACCUUAUGGCUGUUGCCGGAGAAGCCCUUCAAGCAAAUAUCACCACCCUCGGCCCAUUAGUUCUUCCGCUGUCAGAGCAACUUUUAUUCUUCGCAACUCUAGUUGCCAGAAAAUUUUUUAAAAUGAAGAUUAAGUCAUACAUUCCCGAUUUCAAGUUGGCUUUCGAGCAUUUCUGUAUUCAUGCAGGAGGGAGAGCGGUGUUAGAUGAACUAGAGAAAAGCCUUGAUCUCAGCGAAUGGCAUAUGGAGCCUUCAAGAAUGACUCUUUACAGGUUUGGGAAUACUUCAAGUAGUUCUUUGUGGUAUGAACUGGCUUAUUCUGAGGCCAUGGGGAGGAUGAAGAAAGGUGAUCGAACAUGGCAAAUUGCAUUUGGUUCAGGAUUCAAGUGUAACAGUGCCGUGUGGAAGGCGUUGAAGACCAUCAAACCUGCCGAGGAAAAGAAUCCAUGGAUGGAGGAGGUGGAUAAUUUUCCUGUUCAAGUGUCAAAAGUAGCAUCAAUUGCUUUCUAAACCUACUUCUCUUUCAUGUCAGGAACAGUAGUUAUUGCAGUAUGUGACUAUGUCAACUAGUAUUAAUAUUAUAUACUUAGAGUGUGUGUUAAGGCUAUAUAGUGAUUCUCUUUCUUCUGAGAGGGAAAGCGGCAUGCUCGAAUUAGAAUUUAAUUAGCAAGAUGAAUUAAUAUUGGCUCCAUCUGAAGUGAAUAAGGAGCUCUCAGAUAAGAUAAGUUGUUUCCAGUCACAUGAAUAAUGCAUUGAUUAUUAAGUA